UGCUGGUGCGUUCUCUCGUUAGUAGAGCGCUAUAGCCACAGCGAGACGCUGAAAGUGGACGUCCGUGUCUUUUCACGGCACAAAUCCCAAGGCAGCCGCUGUUUUAUCACACACAAAAUCACAGAAAUGCGCCGGAAAUCUAGGAUAUUACUAUGUUUCGCUGUGCUCUGGGUCCUAGGCAUAGCAUAUUAUUUCUACUCGGGGACAACGCUGAGUCGAAAGGAUGACUGGAGUGGAAUUAAUUCAAACAGAAUUCAAUCACACAGCAAUGCAGAUGACAAAGCCCAAAGCCUAGAGACCCUUCCUCCAGGGAAGGUUAGGUGGCAGGACUUUGACCAGGAUCUGUACGUGGGAGCGACUGUAGUGAGGCCAGGGCAGGAUCCCUAUGCCCGCAACAAGUUCAACCAGGUUGAGAGUGACAAACUCAGAAUGGACCGCAGCAUCCCUGACACAAGACAUGACCACUGUCGUCACAAACAGUGGAGGACAGAUAUUCCUGCAUCCAGCGUGGUUAUCACCUUUCACAACGAGGCACGUUCAGCCCUCCUGCGCACUGUAGCCAGUGUACUAAAGAAGAGCCCUGCCCAUCUGGUUAAAGAGAUCAUCUUGGUGGACGACUACAGCGACAACCCUGAAGAUGGUGCCUUACUUGGGAAAAUCGAGAAAGUCAGAGUCCUACGGAACGAUCGACGAGAGGGUUUGAUGCGAUCCCGUGUCCGAGGUGCAGAUGCAGCCACGGCCAGUGUACUGACCUUCCUUGACAGCCACUGCGAGUGUAACGAACACUGGUUGGAGCCCCUACUAGAAAGGGUUGCCGAGGAUAAGACUCGGGUUGUCUCGCCCAUCAUAGAUGUCAUUAACAUGGAUAAUUUCCAGUAUGUGGGGGCAUCCGCAGAUCUUAAAGGAGGUUUUGAUUGGAAUCUCGUGUUUAAAUGGGACUACAUGACCCUGGAACAAAGACGAGCACGACAAGGAAACCCCAUUGCACCUAUCAAGACGCCCAUGAUUGCUGGUGGUCUUUUUGUAAUGGACAAGGAUUACUUUGAGGAGCUUGGGAAGUACGACAUGAUGAUGGAUGUUUGGGGGGGUGAGAAUCUUGAGAUCUCAUUCCGCGUGUGGCAGUGUGGAGGUAGUCUGGAGAUCAUUCCCUGCAGUCGAGUGGGCCAUGUCUUCAGGAAACAGCAUCCAUACACUUUCCCAGGGGGCAGUGGUACUGUGUUUGCCAGGAACACAAGGCGAGCAGCAGAGGUGUGGAUGGAUGACUUCAAGAAUUUCUACUACGCUGCUGUGCCCUCAGCCCGUAAUGUACCUUAUGGCAACAUUCAGAGCAGGCUGGAGAUGAAGAAGAGGUUAGGUUGCAAACCAUUCAAGUGGUACCUGGAAAAUGUCUAUCCUGAGCUACGGGUCCCGGAUCAUCAGGACAUUGCCUUUGGAGCACUACAGCAGGGCCAGAACUGUCUAGAUACACUGGGACACUUUGCUGAUGGUGUGGUGGGGGUGUAUGAAUGCCACAACGCAGGGGGAAAUCAGGAAUGGGCCCUGACUAAAGACAAAUCAGUAAAACACAUGGAUCUGUGUCUAACUGUGGUGGAUCGCAACGCUGGCUCGCAGAUCAAACUGCAGGGCUGCAGGGAAAAUGACAGCAGACAGAAAUGGGAGCAAAUUGACAACAACUCCAAACUGCGGCACGUAGGCAGCAAUCUGUGCCUGGACAGCCGGGGCGCCCGGAACGGUGGCCUGACGGUGGAGGUGUGCAGCCCCUCGCUCACGCAGCAGUGGAAGUUCACUCUCAACCUGCAGCCCUAGCUCGACACCGCCAGUUCCAGCCCUCCCCUUCUCGCCUUCGGACAGCCCGCGCUGGGCACGCACUCGCCCCUCUGAGAUAUCGCUGCCCAGAUACAGACUCAGGGCCGCCACAGCGCGGUCGCUCUGGUCCUCAAAGGCCACAGGGCCACGAAAUCACAAACAAGAUGAUGAUGACAAUUUCCAUCUAACUAUAUACCUCACUGUUUCGUCUUUUGUCCAGCUCUUGGAAAGUGAAUCUAAGUGUCUAUACUAAAUUGAAAACUUUUUUGGGUUUUUCAUCCUGUUUCCAAUGCAAAUGAAAGGAUCUGCUUUCAUCUCAAUUCUUGUCUUAUAUUUUGUUCCAUUUUGUGUCUCAUUUUCUUAAAUGAAUUUCAGCACAUUUUUUCCAAUGGAGUUGACGUUCAUUGUUUUUAUUUUUCUAGUCACAUUACCACGUAUUGUUGAAUGUAAAUGGGGAUGUUUUAUGGAGGAUCCCUGCCUGCGCUGUGAUCGGACUGGAUUUUGAAUGAAGACAGUUUUAGUUUGGUUUGAUUUGAUUUGGGCUGAUGGGAAUGGGGAGGACUCAUUUGUUGUGUGCACUGUCACAGACACACUGACUGUGGAGGACAUCAUCAGCCUUGUAUUUUUCAACUCACAGUGCGCACACAAAAAGAGCAGGAAAAAUACCUUCUUUUUUUUUCUAUAGUUUCUAUUGAAUUGUCAACCUGUCUUAUCUGUUAAAGGUGCAAUUUGUAAAGAUUCAGCCAGCUUCCUCUAAAGGACCCUGGUGUGUUCUGAAGGAGAACCAAGGCAUUGUACAGAACAUUACUGCUGGAUUCACAUACUGUAGCACUGGCUGCUAACAAUUCAGUGUCUGUACUUGUCUUCAAACAAAAACAUUGGUUUCUCAGUUGCAUUUUUCUCAGUAAUCAUGUUAUUUCUUUGUUCUAAGUAUUUUUUUUUUUGUUUGUUUUUUUGGCAAACUGUAUUAUGUAAAAUAAUCAAGUUUGAAAACCUGGUAACUACAACAGACAUAAUGCCUGAAACUUUGCUCCUGUCCUUGGGUUUCGAGCAGAGAUGUAUGUGUAUUACUCAUCGUCUUAACUCUUUGUCCAUCACUUUGAUGUGUAACAAACUGUUCGUAUUCUGCAUAAUUUAAUGGGUAACAUGGGAGUUGUAAAGGCUUGAAAUCGCUCAUGAACUGUCCUUCUGUCUUACAGUCCUGGUUGUUUCAUUAUUAAGAUUAAUCAUGAUUUUUUUAGCAACUGUGGCCAAACGUGGCACAUUAUACCGUUACUUGAGCAUCCUUAUCCUUUUCAGUGGUUAAAAGUUACUGCCUUUUCUAUCCAUGAUACUGUAAAGAAAAUGUGAGUUUUUUGUUGCAAAAGCUUUCAAAGUGUGCAUUAGAAUAGCAUUUCUUAACUGGACUCACAAACGAUAAAAGCAACCGGGUUUGUGUGCGUGUAUUGUAUGUGUGUACGUGAGACUUGCUCAUUCAUUUGACUUUUUCAUUCAUUGCCUCUAGGAUAUUUCAAGUUUUCACAUAAAAAAACAUUGUGCAUUAUUGUGGUACUUCAGUUGUCACUGGUUAAUCUUAACAGAACUAGUGUUACUGUAAAUUGAAUUGACAAAGAAGCCUGUAAUAUGUAAAAUCAAGUCAUUUAAUCCAUUUUACCUGUCUUUCAUGUAUACCUGAGCUGGGAUAAUGCCGUAGCAUUAUGAAUAACUUAUUGUAGGGUAGGAAAUCAAGACUAAAUGAGUCCCUGACUACCUUUUGGUCAGCUCUCCUCAUGUAUCUGCAGUAAAUGUUAUGUUAAUCUUUGACUUGUAUGUGUUUGAUUCAUCUACACCCCCUGUGUUGUCCCAGAUAUUACAGUUCUCCAUCAGUGAGUUAGAAGAAUGCAAGAAGUUGCAGGGACUUUUUAAAAGGUAUAGUUCACCAUAAUUAAAUGUCACGAAUUUCUCACCCUCAUGUUGUUCCAAAUGUGUUAGACUUUCUUUUUUUGUGUGUGGAACACAAAAGAAGAAAAUGACAGCCUCAGUUACUAUUCACUUUUAUUGCAUCUUUUUUUUUUUUUUUUCAUACAAUGGAAAUGAAUGGUGACUGAGCCAUUUCUUUUUAUACUCCACAGAAGGAAGAAAAUCAUACAGGCUUGGAACAACUUAUGGUAAAGACAGAAUUUUUGGGUGAAGUAUCCCUUUAAGUGAAUCUGGGCAGAGAUUGUGUGGCCUUUAGUGUCAGUCCAUAUACCUGUAUUUUAAGGUCUGUGUUUUGUAGUGUCAUCAGGUUUCCUGUAGUCAGAUGAAUUUGCUGCCCCUAGUGGAUGACCACAUGAAUAGAGGCAGCUGGGAAAGAGCAAAGUAAAUGUGAAUCAUGCCACCUUUCUUCAGUUUAAAAGGAGAAGCCAAUAAAAUAGGUUUGCCUAUGCUUACAUGUCAACAUGUUGGUAGUAUAGUGCAGUGCAACAAAGUUAAAGGGAUAGUUCAUCCCAAAAUGAUAAUUCUGUCAUUAUUUACUCACCUUUAUGAUGUUCCAAACCGGUGUGACUUUCUUCCGUGGAACACACAGGAUGUUAGGCAUUAUGUUGGUGUCAGUAACCAUUCAUUUUCAUUGCAUUUUUUUCAUUACAAGGAAGAUGAUAGGUGACUGAGACUCAUUCUGCUUAAAGGGAUAGUUCACCCAAAAAUGAAAAUUCUCUAAUUUCCUCACCCUCAUGCCAUCCCAGAUUUGUAUGACUUACUUUCUUCUGCUGAAAACAAAGAUUUUUUGAAAAUAUCUCAGCUGUAGGUCCAUACAAUGGUGACCAAAAUUGUGAAGCUCAAAUCACACAAAGGCCACAUAAAAGUAAUCCAUUCGACUCCAGUGGUUUAAUCCAUAUCUUCUGAAGCGAUUUAAUAGAUGUGGGUGAGAAACGGAUCAAUAUUUAAGUCCUUUUGUUUUUUGUUUUUUUUAACUAUAAAUCUUCACUUUCACAUUUUAAAAGCAUUCACUUGCAUUGUAUGGACCUACAGAGCUGAGAUAUUCUAAGAAAAAUCUUCAUUUGUGUUCUGCAGAAGGAAGUAAGUCAUACAAAUCUGGGAUGGCAUGAGGGUGAGUAAAUUAGAGAAUUUUCAUUUUUGGGUGAACUAUCCCUUUAAGCAGAAUGAGUCUCAGUCACCUAUCAUCUUCCUUGUAAUGAAAAAAAUGCAAUGAAAAUGAAUGGUUAUUAAAUUUUUAGACAGAAUUAAAAUUUUUGGGUGAACUAUCCCUUUAACAUCUGCUUUUGUGUUCCAUGGAAGAAAUAAAGUCAUAUGGGAUUAGAACAACACUAGAAUAAAUGAUAGCAGAAUUUACAGUUUUUGGUUAAUAUAUAUAUAUAUAUAUGUAUAUAUAUAUAUAUCCCUUUAAGGUUAAUUUAGAUUUUGUAAAGUUUUUGUUCUUGAAUUAUGGGGUUUUUGGAGAACACGAGCCAAAUUAGGAGCAAUAUGUGAUGGCUUGAAUUGAAUGAAAUGUUUACAUAGCACAGUGUGCCAAAGUCAUUUACUGUUUGAUUGAAAGAUGGAAACACAGUAACUAGGACAGUUGUCCUUUCAGUAAAUGAAGGAUAUGUGACCCCAAAUGUUUUUUGUUUUUUUUGGGGGGGGGGGGGGGGUUUCCUAGAAUGCCAGUUUUAGAAAAAUCUUGAUGUUGCAUUAAACGGCAAAGGAAACCGCAUGGGGUCAGCAGUUGUAAUGGUGUAUAUGUGUGUAUGUACAGUAUGUAUGUCCAUGCAUGUACAUUUACACUCAUUCAGUUGCAGUUGUAGUGAUUUGGUCAACUGUACAGCGCUUGUAUUUGUUAAUUGUUUUAUAGAUAUUGCAAAAGUUUGAAUGACGAAAAAUUAUUAACUUAAAUAAAAAAUGUAUAUACAUAA